GCACAGAUCGUCACAGCAUCUGUGUGAGCUGCUGCUGCUUCAGACUGGAGCUGCUGGAUCUCCCCACACACACAGAGCUGCUCUCUCAGACUUCCUUCUCUAUCGACACACAGCAGCAUGACUCGCUGAUCUAAUCUAACCCUGUUCGGGUCAGAGUGCGCUCGUGACGUCACGACGGUGCUCGGUCAUCUCGCGGAACCCGGAAGCGGGAGUCAGUGCCUGGCAGCUUUCCUGGGAAGAAGGCGCUGUGUUUCCUGUAAAUGAGCCGUAUUUGUAGUACAUCUCUGUUCAGCACAUAACCUGUCUGAGGUCAUUUGGAAGAGACAAACAUGUGGCCAAAUCAAGGACCUCCUUACGCAGGACCUCCUUACGCAGGACCUCCUUACGCAGGACCUCCUUACGCAGGACCUCCAGCCGCUCAGCCGCACAAUCCUGCCUUUCCUGCACCUCCAAACCCAGCAUAUCCAGCCAUGACCAUCCCAUCAUGCCCUCCUGGACCCAACCCCGUCUACCCGCCCGGCAUGAACCAGCCCACAACCAUCCCUUACACCACACCAUACCAGCACCCAUUUCCUCCGGCUGUGGCCGGGCCGCACGGGCCGUUCCCUGGAGCAGGACAUCCCUGCCCUGUCCCGCAGUAUGGGGGUCCCCCGGCCGGAAUGAGCGUACCUGGACAUAAGAAACACAAGAAGAUGAAGAAGAUGAAGAAAGGGCAUAAAGCUCACAAGGAGCAUAAGCACAUGAAGCACGGCAAGCAUUCCUCGAGCAGCAGCAGCAGCAGCAGCAGUGAUUCUGACUGAAGUGACCCAUUCACAGCCUGUUUUCCUCUGAUUUCACAAGUGCCAGGGCAAAUAAUACAGCCCAGCAGCAAUAACAUGAUAAACAAAUGCAGUGAUGCAUAGCACUUAAGUAAAUGUAUGUGUUUCUGUGAGUCUGAAUGCUUUUCUUAAUUAAAGAUCUAUAAAUAAUGAGCUGUUGUUGUGAGGAGAUCAUCUUCAUUAUAACUCGACUCGCACACUAAUGUCAGACGUUUGCCUCUAUUUGACACUGGACAAUUGUAAUUAAACAAGUUUACUUCCUUUAUGCAUUAAAGUUACUUUGAGAAAAGUG